CAUCAGCUGACGGCUGCAUUUUAACAAUCAGCUGUUGUUUGACCACCAUACAAUCGAACGACGAUAAAAUACUCUAUCUGGGGAGCCAAAGGGAAAAUACGACAUGUUUGUUUGAACUAACAUGGCGAGCUGGAAGAGUCAUGCGCGUGCUCGACUGCAACUCAGGGACCAGAGAGAGAAACUUCCAUACGAAGGCGUUUAUACAAGCUUGUCUCAGUUUGAAGAACGCUUUGAAAUUCGCCAGCAGUUUUUAGAAGAUGUCCAGGCAGGAAACUCAGAAAAUGGAGUCAAAAUUGAAAACGUCAGAAUACUUCAACUGGGCCUCAGAGAAAGUGAACAUUUGGCGGAAAAGCUGUCCCAGACCGUCUCUGACCUGACCAUUGUCAUGCACCUCAAAGAUGCCGAACUGCAGCACUGGCAGUCACGCGUGUCCCACAACCGCCAAGAGGCUCUAACUCUGGCUAAAGCAAGCAAUGCCUUGAAGGCCACCAUUCACCAACAUGAGUAUACCAUCGAGCAUCAGACUAAAGAGCUAGCCGCCUUGCACAUGGAGCAGAGUAGCCUGAAGGCUGCGCUGUCAGAAGCUUGGAGGGAGAAGGAGGAUCUCUUGCGGAGGUGGAUGGAGGAGAAAAAGCAAGAGGCAGACAGGCUGAAUAAGUACAACAUUGCACAGGAAAGGUGGCAUCGUGUAGCCAGGCACUUAAGGAAGCGCAUGUGCAAGAAUGGGGAAAAAAACAGUGAGCCUAUUCCAAGCAGUUCUUGAAAGUGAUGCAGAAAACUCCGAAAAAUGGUGGAUGAGUGGUUACUAUGUCAGACUUUCGAUCAAGAAGUUCCUGGUUUCAAUAACAACACGUGCUUUCCAGUUUGGAUUUUGUGUGUUCUCCCCUAACUUUUGUGGGUAUUCUAGCUUCCUCUCACAUUCCAAACCAUUAAUGUUUGGGUGGCUUAUCAAGGAGUUCAAGUAACAUGAAUAUCUUAUAACAUUAUUAUUACAUCAUUAUUAAUGCCGUGUAAACACAAUGAUGCAUACGUCAUCAAAGUACCUUGUUUCACCUUAUUACAUAAUAGACGAUGUCACAGUAUGUAAGCCUUCAGUCACUUUAUUUAUUUUUUUGCAAAGGUCUUUUUCAGUGUUAUUUUCAAACAU